CGUCUCUACAAUUAUCAUUGCCAACUGCAACAACUCCUCGCUUUUCGACAGUCUCCAUCGAAAAGCGAACGCGCAGUACCCCCUUCGACCGCAAUCAUGGCCGACACCGAAUACAAUGCCGAGGAGGCCGCCGAGCUCAAGAAGAAGAGAACGUUCAGAAAGUUUUCCUACAGAGGCAUUGAUCUCGACCAACUGCUCGACAUCCCCUCCAACGAGCUGCUCACAAUCCUCCACGCCCGCGCCCGCCGCCGAUUCAACCGCGGCCUGAAGCGCCGCCCGAUGGGCCUGAUCAAGAAGCUGCGCAAGGCCAAGCAGAACGCCAAACCCAACGAGAAGCCCGACCUGGUCAAGACCCAUCUGCGGGACAUGAUCAUCGUGCCCGAGAUGAUUGGCAGCGUCAUCGGCAUCUACAGCGGCAAGGAGUUCAACCAGGUGGAAAUCAAGCCCGAGAUGGUCGGCCACUACUUGGGCGAGUUCUCGAUCAGUUACAAGCCCGUCAAGCACGGUCGACCCGGUAUCGGUGCCACGCACUCUUCGCGGUUCAUUCCGUUGAAGUAGGUGCUGGACCUUGGGGAGAGAAGAGGGUAUUGGGGGAAAGCCAUUGCUACGUGGGAGAUGUUUUCGCACGCCUGAAAUGCUGGGGAGUCAGCGAUGGAUUUUCGUCACCCGGAUUGCAUGGGAUCACGGUAGACAGGGUGCUGAUGAAAGAAAAGGGGAUUGCGAGGAUCGAAUGGUUCGAGGCAUCUUUUGCAUGACCCAAUAGUCGAAAGCGGCAAAAAUGAAACGACGGCUCCUGACAUGAACCCUCCAGAGUGGAGGUGACGCCGUAUUUGAACAAGAUUUAGAUGUGCACCCUCGCAACUGUGUCAUCAUUUUGCCCAGCAAGAAUGCCCUCUUUUAACGCCUCGCUAUGUGAAUAUCAAGCAGAUACAUUACUGUGUCAAUAGUGGUACAAUCUGGUCUUUGCCGACCCCUCAUUCUUCAGUCAGUGAUGA